AUGUCGUCCUUCUUCGUCGAGCUCUGGGAGGGCAUCUUUACGCCCGGCCCGACGCCCACCCUCCUCAAGGCCGCCAACGGCUCCUUCGCUGCCCUCCAGCUCGUCCUCCUCCUCCUCCUCGUCGCCACCUACAACAUCCACUGCCUCGUCCUCUCCAUCCUGUGCGCCGGCCUGUGGUGGAGCGUCAACUGGUUCGCCGCUGAGCUGGCCGUCGCGCAGCGCGAGCAGCGCGAGAAGGAGGAGAGGGAGAAGCGCGAGGCCGCCCGGGACGACACCACCACCGACGACGAAGACGAGACCGAGACCGAAGUUGAGAAGGCCUCCUCCGCACCCGCCGCUGCCGUCCCGAGCAAGGCGCCGCCUGCCAAGGAUCCCACGACUCUUGAUGCCGCCGCCGCCGCGGGGCUGGAGCCCGUCGAGCCAAAGGGCGAGGUGACGCAGCGCGUCGCUGCUGGUGGCACUCAUUCGAGCGUCAGCACCGAGGACGAGUGGGAGAAGGUGUCCGAGGCUGAGAACGAGAAGGACAAGUAG